CAGUGAUGUCGACUGCAGUCGGUAUAAUAGCAGAGAGGGUAGCGCAGGGAGUCUAGGAGGAGCUGCGGCAAGGUCGACACCAGCAUCCUGCUCCUAACCACCGAAACACCGAGACACCGGAGACUCAAACACAAACACACCCGGGCCAGAGGGGAGCAGGAUUAAGUCCUCAGCUCCGACAGCACCGGGGGGGGAUUUUGGAUAAACAGCCGCGGAAGAGGAAGAGGAGAGUGUCUGAAAGUUUGUCGCCUCAUGUUCAGAGGCAGCUAACAGCUACCCUCCACGUCUCUCCGCGCCGCUUUCUUCGCCUUUCUGCCCGGCGCGACGGCAAUUCUUCCCGGUAAAAAGGAAGCGAGUGGUGCGUUUGUUGCGGGACUCCUCCGGGGCUUUCACACUCCCUCCCGUUACUUUGCGGGCCGUAACGUGGCUUCCCCUCACUCGGCUCUCACGUUUGUUUUUGUGCCAUGUCAGCGACAUCCUCCGCGCCUCCCGCCCCGGCAGACAGCGCCGCGGCUGAAUAUGACUUUCUAGCCCCGGACGCGGGGCUCAAGCCGGCGGGUCCGACGCCCAGUCAGAGCCGCUUCCAGGUGGACAUUGUGACGGAGGCUGCGGGCGCCGCCGAGGACAGGUCCCCGAGCUCCGACGCCUCCACCACAGCCCCAUCUAGCGAUAAGGCCACUCCCGCCGCUCCGCCAGAUGUUCCGGACCCAGGGGCCGGCGGGGAGGAAGCCAAAGGCCGGUUUCGAGUGGUGAACUUCGCGGACCCUAGCGGAGCUGGGAGCCCGGCCUCUCCGGACGCAGCGCCGAUGGAGGGCUUCCAGAACGGGGACACGGUGAUGAGCGAGACCAGCUUGCAUUCAUCCACAGGCGGCCAGCAUCACUACCACUACGACACCCACACCAACACCUACUACCUGAGGACUUUCGGACACAACACCAUCGAUGCCGUGCCCAACAUCGACUUCUACCGGCAGACAGCAGCGCCUCUGGGGGAGAAGCUGAUCAGACCCACCCUGUCGGAGCUGCACGACGAGCUGGACAAGGAGCCGUUUGAGGAUGGUUUUGCGAACGGCGACGAGCUGACGCCGGCUGAAGAGGCUGCAGCAAAAGAAGCAGCCGAGUCUAAAGGAGUGGUUAAGUUCGGAUGGAUUAAAGGAGUCCUGGUCCGCUGCAUGCUGAACAUCUGGGGUGUGAUGCUCUUCAUCCGCAUGUCCUGGAUCGUUGGUCAGGCUGGAAUCGCUCUCUCCUGUUUGAUCGUCGCCAUGGCUACUGUGGUGACAACAAUCACCGGCCUCUCCACGUCCGCCAUCGCCACCAACGGAUUCGUACGAGGAGGUGGAGCGUAUUACCUGAUCUCCAGGAGUCUGGGUCCGGAGUUUGGCGGCGCCAUCGGUCUCAUCUUCGCCUUCGCCAACGCGGUCGCCGUGGCCAUGUACGUGGUCGGCUUCGCUGAGACUGUGGUGGAGCUUCUUGCUGGUGUAGACGCCAUCAUGACGGACGAAAUCAACGACAUCCGAAUCAUCGGCACCAUCACCGUGAUCCUCCUCCUCGGUAUCUCUGUGGCAGGAAUGGAGUGGGAGGCAAAGGCCCAGAUCUUCUUGCUGAUUGUCCUCAUCACAGCCAUCAUCAACUACUUCAUCGGUACCUUCAUCACUAUCGAGUCCAAGAAAUCGAUGGGCUUCUUUGGUUACCACGCUGACAUCAUGUGGGAAAACAUGGGUCCAGACUUCAGGCAGGAAACCUUCUUCUCCGUCUUUGCCAUCUUCUUCCCUGCAGCCACCGGUAUCCUGGCCGGAGCCAACAUUUCCGGAGAUCUCGCUGACCCUCAGCUGGCCAUCCCCAGAGGAACCCUCCUCGCCAUCGUGAUCACAGGAAUCGUCUACCUGGGAGUCGCCGUGUCGACAGGCUCGUGCAUCGUGAGGGACGCCAGCGGGAACACCAACGACACGGUCAGCUCUCAGUUCAUGAACUACACGGAUUCCGCCUACAAGAUGGGCUACGACUUCUCCGCCUGCAAGAGUGACGGUACCUGCCGCUUCGGACUGCAAAACGACUUCCAGGUGAUGAGUCUGGUUUCUGGUUUCGGACCGAUCAUCACCGCUGGAAUCUUCUCGGCCACGCUGUCCUCGGCUCUGGCCUCUCUCGUCAGUGCGCCCAAAGUGUUCCAGGCUCUGUGCAAGGACAACAUCUACCCCGGCCUGAGCAUGUUCGCCAAAGGUUAUGGCAAAAACAACGAGCCCCUCCGAGGUUACAUCCUGACCUUCGGUAUCGCUCUGGCCUUCAUCCUCAUCGCCCAGCUGAACAUCAUCGCCCCGAUCAUCUCCAACUUCUUCUUGGCAUCGUACGCUUUGAUCAACUUCUCCGUGUUCCACGCCUCUCUGGCCAACUCCCCAGGAUGGCGCCCCAGCUUCAAAUACUACAACAUGUGGGUCUCUCUGGCCGGAGCUGUCCUGUGCUGCGUGGUGAUGUUCGUCAUCAACUGGUGGGCCGCUCUGCUCACCAACGUCAUCGUUCUGUCUCUGUUCAUCUACGUCAGCUACAAGAAGCCAGAUGUGAACUGGGGCUCGUCCACGCAGGCUCUGACCUACCACCAGGCCCUGACCCACACGUUGCAACUCAGCGGAGUGGAGGACCACAUCAAGAACUUCAGACCCCAGUGUUUGGUGAUGACCGGUUACCCCAACUCUCGCCCGGCGCUCCUGGAUCUGGUCCACAGCUUCACCAAGAACGUGGGCCUGAUGAUCUGCGGUCACAUUCGAAUGGGCUACAGGAGGCCGAACUUCAAAGAGCUGGCCUCAGAUCAGGCCCGCUAUCAACGCUGGCUCCUGAAGAGCGAGAACAAGGCCUUCUACACGCCCGUGUACGCUGAGGACAUGAGGCAGGGGACACAGUAUCUGCUGCAGGCUGCCGGUCUGGGUCGCCUGAAGCCGAACACUCUGGUUCUGGGUUUUAAAAACGACUGGAGGGACGGAGACAUGAUGAACGUGGAGACCUACAUCACCAUGAUCCAUGAUGCUUUCGACAGUCAGUUUGGUGCUGUGAUCCUCAGACUGAAGGAGGGACUGGAUGUGUCUCAUAUCCAGGGACAAGACGAGCUGCUGUCCUCUCAGGAGAAAUCCUCGGGGAUGAAGGAUGUGAUCGUGUCCAUAGACACCAGCAAAGACUCUGACGCUGAUUCAUCCAAACCGUCCUCCAAGGCCACGAGUCUGCAGAACAGCCCGGCCAUUCAGAAAGAUGACGACGAUGACGGCAAAGCUCCCACUCAGCCCCUGUUGAAAAAAGACAAGAAGAGCCCGACCAUCCCUCUGAACGUGUCCGACCAGAGGCUGCUGGAGGCCAGCCAGCAGUUCACCAAGAAGCAGGGGAAAGGCACCGUGGACGUCUGGUGGCUGUUUGAUGAUGGAGGUCUGACCCUGCUCAUCCCGUACCUGCUGACCAAUAAGAAGAGGUGGAAGGACUGCAAGAUCCGCGUCUUCAUCGGAGGAAAGAUCAACAGGAUCGAUCACGACCGCCGAGCGAUGGCCACUCUGCUGAGUAAGUUCAGGAUAGACUUCUCCGACAUCACCGUGCUGGGAGACAUCAACACCAAGCCCAAGAAGGAGCACGUGGCGGCCUUCGAGGAGAUGAUCGAGCCGUAUCGGCUGAAGGAGGACGACAUGGAACAGGAGGCGGCCGAGAGUCUGAAGAACAGCGAACCGUGGAGGAUCACCGACAACGAGCUGGAGCUGUACCGCGCCAAGACAAACCGUCAGAUCCGACUGAACGAGCUGCUGAAGGAGCACUCGAGCACCGCCAACCUCAUCGUCAUGAGUUUGCCGUUGGCAAGGAAGGGCGCGGUGUCCAGCACUCUGUACAUGGCGUGGCUGGAGGCGCUGUCCAACGACCUGCCCCCCAUCAUCCUGGUGCGUGGAAACCACCAGAGCGUCCUCACCUUCUACUCCUAAAACACACACACACACACACAGACACACACACACACACACACACUAACAGACAGAGGCAUACAGGGAGAAGAGCAUCUGAGUUUUUAAGUCUCACAUCCACCUCUGGGAGCACACACACACACACACACACACACAGCUCCCAGUCCAAACACACUCCAGAGACGGUAAACCACAGCCCCUGACCGCAACAACACUGGGAUCAUAAAGAUGGAGGAUUGAGAGGUGGAGAAGGCCUACGAGUGAUUGAGGAAUGUGGGGGGUGGGCGUUGUUGUCGCCCACUCUGCUCCUUUUCUUUCUAUUUAUUCCACGAUGUCGUCGGUUCGUUCGUUCUCUGCUUGUAGCUCCAGUUUUUAUCUCGUUUUUUUUGUUUUAAUCCGAGUUGAUGAUUUUUUCUCAGGCAGUCGUGCACACAACGUUCACGUCGUUCCCAUAGUUACAUUUAAAAACAAACAAACCUUGAUGUCAUUAACGUGUGUCGAGUGAAACCGGACCAGUCGUCGUGUUUGUGAUGCAGCAAUAAAUCACACCGUGUUUGUUUUUUUGUCCUUAACGUGUUGGGAGAGAAGCACGCAGAACGCUUUGCAACACCUUCUGAAGCCUUAUGGAUGUGCCUUCCAGAUGAAGUAAUCCAGAUUGACGAUAUGACCUUUAUUAUUGGUGGAGAGUAGCGAGUAGUUUUUUAGGAGUUUUAAAUGUGAUUCCUUCGUAGUGGGAGCGUUGUAUUUAUGCGAGUGGAUUGCAUAAACUUAAUGAAGGGUGUCCACUUGAUUGCAUUUCUCUUUCUCUCUUUUACCCUAAUCAACAUGUGUUUUAUUUUAUUCACUUUUUGAGUCUUCCUAUUUAAAGCUGUUGAAUAUUUAGCCACACUUUGACUUCAGGUGGGUCUGAACUUUAAGAUAUUUGUCUGUGAUAAAAGACAUGAAGCUAGUUUUUUUUUUUUUUUUUUUUUGAAACGCCCUUGUAGCUGCUCAUCUUUCUUUCUGUUUUGUUGUCUGGUUCUCCCCCCUGCAGAAAGAGAAACUGCUCCACCCACUAAGCUAGUUAAACUUUGCCUUAAUGCUAACGAUUGUCACCAGUUCCUUUUCUCUUAUAAGCCAUACUGGCUGGACGGUUUGUGGGUAAACUCAGAGGGCAAUUGUCUUCUUUUCCUCCCAUCGUGUCCCCCCCCCGCAUUAGGACUCACUACAUGUUGCUGGUGAAUCAACAGAUGGGAUCGUAUUCCAUUUUUUUCCCCCCAGCGUUAGCUCCUCAGUAGUCGCGAGUGUUUGUGGCUGUUUGACGGACCGCUGGUCUCUCUUACCCACGACGCCUCGCUGUGCAGAGAUUGGCCAACACGCGGCGCCACAGUGUGCAGGAAGACUUGCUGGCAGGAAAGAAUGUGACAUGAGAAUGUGUCAGGGCUGAGUGAAGAUAUACCUCUAUGCAUAUGAGCUUGUAAGUACUUGUAAUAAAAGUCCAUCGCUCCUUCAUGUCAAAGGACGACUCGCCUCAGUUCAUUUCAGGACGACUUUCAGACGCCGCGCUUUCUGCUUCACACUAACCAUUUCCUACAAAAACACACGCUGGCUGCUCGUCUUCUGUAAGACCCGUCGCUGCAAGAAAAGCCAUGUGUACAUAUAACACUAAUGUAAAAAAUGGAUGUAAUGUGGACUUGGCCGCAGGGUGAGGGCACGCUGAGAUAACCAAAAAGGUCAUUUGUCCUAAACUUUAAUUUGUAUGAUGUUACAAAGCACAAGCGCUGCUCCACGGAGCGGUGACAUUUAUUCUGAAGACACGAGUGCAAAGUUACUUUAAGGAGACACACGAGGAUUUAAAACAUGAGUUCAGAUCAGAUUACAAAAACCAGAGAGACGAGAGUCUGAAUACAGAAUCUGUAAAGUGUGUUCAGUCUACACACACUUUAAAAGGCUUUAAUGGCGUCUAAAUAUUUUAAUAUAUAUAUAUUUAAUUUAAUAUAUAUUUAUCCCCAAACACAAGAAUCAUUAAAAAACAUGAAGGAUGAAAUUUUUCUAAAUAUCUGCACGGCUCCUUCGACUGUAAAGAAGUGGACGUAGCCAACAUGAGGUCGACCUUUUCUUCGUGGGCUGCCAUUUUGAAGCCUCACGUCUCACCAUCUUGUUUUCUGGAGGUUACCAUAUUUGGGGCGGGAGGGCGGAGCUAGUUUUAGUUAGCCGGAUAAAUACAGAAUCAAAGUCACUGUGGUUGUGUCUCAUUUCUGGGGUAGCAUGCGAUGAAGGACCCAGCCCUCAUAGCCUGCAAAGCCCACUCACCAGCUGUCCCCGCCCCUUACCCUUUCCCCUCUAAGCUCCGCCCUUGUUGCCGUGCAACCUUGAUAGCUGCACCACAAAACUGAACAUAUUACUGAAAUGAUAAUCUAAAGUUUCAGGGACACUUUUGUUUUAUUUACAUUAGUAUUAGAAUCCAUUUGAUUGAGUUGAAUCCAAUGACUUGCAUCUAAAAGUUUAAUUAUCGGCUGCUUGAGAGUCCACCAGCUUGUCUAAGUUUGUGGUUAGCUAAUCUCAGGAUAUGUCGGGCCAGGGAAAGAAGGGGCCUUCGACGCUGUGGCAUUAUCGGUAUUCAAAUGCACCGUCACAAGAAUGCAGACCUGAACUGGGAUACAACCAUUAAACUGGGACAUACAUUGGGGUGCUAACCUCGACCAGCUACCAGGUGGCCCCGCCCUAACUCCUCCCCCUCUUCCUAAAUGGGACCAUAUCAUACUACUAUUUCCGAAACAAACAUCAUGUUGCAUUGAAGGAGACUUGAUUCUAGAGAUUGAGAACAUUAACUUAUCAGGAAAAUGUUUACUGAGGGAACAAAUCAACGGAGAAGUAGCACUCCCCCUGCUGGGCAUUAGAGAGAAUGCAGGUUCGAGCCACAAUUAAUUUUUCAGACCGUGAAGCUAACGUCCACUUCUUAUAUACAGUCUGUGGGAAUGACCCCAAACUUUAGCCUUUAUGCUAACAACCAGGAAGUAAAUAAAACCUGUAACGUAAUCCAGAUUGAAGAGCCUUUUUACGGUUCCUGAGGAUUCUGGGUAAAGAUGUGAAAUCUGCCACAGAGCGAUGGAGGGAAACAGGGUUCUUUUAUUUGUAACGUUCUGAUCUUCUCAGCUUUUCCACAGAAACAAAACAGGUUUAGCAUUUAGCAUUCUCUGCUCUUUAAUGUUUGCAAUUUCAGGAGAGGAAUGUGACAUGACUCUUAGGUUAGUUGAAUGUACUGUAAAAUAACGAUGAUAAUAAACACCGCCGUUUUAGGAGUUAGCAUACAUAGUCUCUCUUUGUUUCCUGCACAGACGGUUAGCAGUUAGCACAUUGUUGCUGUGCUGUUAGCAUUUCCACUGCUGCAACCAUCACUCUGCUUCAGCUGCACAGUGUGGAGCCAGGACUUUAUAGACGUGUGUGUGUGUAUCUGUGUGGAGAGGUUGUGGGGAGUGUGUGUGUGUGCAUUCAGUACGUACGCAGUAGCCGUACACACUCUCAUGCUCGUCAGUGUAUUUAAUAUAGCCUCAGUACUUUGAUACUAUGUGUACGCAUGUCAGGAUCUCAAGAUCUUUAUGAAACUUUGAAAGCUCAAAGACGACCCCAGGUUCAGCUGGAGUGCACAACAGCACCCCCCUCAGGCCUUAGUCUUGAUUGCUAGACGGCUUAUAAACAUGCCUCUGACACACUGUGCACAUCGACAGAAGAAACUCGCUCUGAUAAAGACCACAAACAAGAUUAAAAACACGACUGAGUUGAAGAGAUCCAGAGCUGAUUACGGCUGUUUGUCCAUGUGAUACGUUCCACGAUACAGGAGUAUGAGUUGAUAUAUUGUUAAAAAGUUUCACAGGAUAAAGAUCGCAUCAUCUGCAUAAAAUCUAUUUUUUUCUGCUCUUUAAUCCGUCACAGUCCAUGUAGCGAUGCACAGAAUGCUGUGAAAGAAUCCAAACUUUGCUUUAAUGGUUGUAAAAUAAAAUCUUAGCGUGCAGACGUUUAAUUUCAAAAUAGAUUCUGAGUCUGUGAGAACGUCAGUAUCAUCAGUGACAUCAGUAUCACCAAACAUGAUGUCACCAUACUGAAGAGUAUCAGUAAUCUGCUGUUUCAGCACAUCGAGUGGAGGAUCUCCUGAGUUUGCAUCCAAACUCCAAAAAAGGAGCGUUUUAAAAGUAGUUCCCUUGACGUCCUGCAGGACAAACCUUACAAAUUCAGACUUUUCAUAAAUCUGCAUCAUGAUGGUGUAGUUAUGUCAGCAUCCUUUCAGCCUGGUAAUUUUGAUUCCAAAGAUCCAGAGAAUCUUGUUACUUCAGGAUAAUGGAGCUAAUCUCUCGGGAUACCGACAUAAUGACGCUGAGAUCUCCAGGAAACAACUGAAAUAUAAACCAGCACUGGUAUCUCUCAUUAAAUGAGAUCUGGAGAAUCCUGUGAUUUCAGGACGUAUUGCGACGCUCCUUUUCCCGUGAUAAUGAGUUAAUUACACUUUUCUCGUGAGAACUUGAGGAAUGAACACCUUGCAGGGAAGCCAGCGUAAUUAUCUCGAGAUAAAUGAGUGAAGAUCCAGAGAAUCUUGUCACGUCGGGGUAACAGUGCUGGUCUUCUCAUAACUAGUUAAAUUCUCGAUCUUGAGGAAAGAGCUGAAAUGUAUCGUUAUCAUAGGAUCAGCAGCGAUGUUAUCUCUGGAGAUAAAGACGAUGAGAUCUUGAGGUAAUUAAGUCAUUGUCACCGGGAAAAGGAGGUUCAAAAAAAGCAUGGCUGAAUGUCCGCUCUGGGCUUCCGUAGAGCCAAGCACAAGUUGUUGAAGUUAUGCGUUGCACACAUUAAGGACAAUAACAAAAAGCUUUUGGACGAUUCUGCCACUAGGGGGCGCUGUUGUGCACUCGUCUAAACAAAGGAGAGCAUCUUUGACCGGUUUGUUUGGCGUCACUCUCCGAGGUCACGGGUCGCUCUAUAUUUGUACAUUAAAGACUAUAGAAUAUAAACUCUAUAUACACGUAUAUACAACGUAUGAGUCUGACCACAAGGGGGGGGGGGGCGGGGGGUAUUCACCUUUGGUACGUCACGGAGACCUCCCGUCACAUUUUACAACCAAAUACUCCUCGUGUGUGUGGUCGUCCUCAUCUCUGUCCCGUAGGUAGAUUCUGAGUCCUACUGAAGAAACCAAAACACACCUGUACCUGUCCUCACCUGGCGUCUCAUUCUUACUGUGUACGUGUUUUGAUUGCCAAAGCCCCUCCCCCUUUCCCCUUCUCCCCCCCCCCCUCCUGUCUCCUCGCCAUGACGAUGGGCGACGUGUAAAAAGUCAUCCUUGGUCUUCUUCACACAUGAACUAACCUGUAAAUACGCGUCUGAGUCGAACUACCGGAGGAGACUCUUCAGUCGAGUACGGAGAAAGAUAUUUAUUUUAGUUUAGAUUUUCUCCACUUUUUUUUUUUCUCGUCUUUUUUUCGAUUUUUCGGUUUGUGACUUAAUUUGCAUGUUGAUUAAUUUUUUUCUUUAGUUGCUUUUUUUCUGAUUGGAGCAGACGGCGUCUCUGUUCAGUGUAUUUCUAUCUUUUCGAUGCCUUUUUGAAGAGAGGUCAGGACUGCAGUGGUGGUGGCAGCAGAUCACACCUGCUCGCUCUCUCUCACACUCUCGUGGAAGGAAUCGACCCCCGCUGGUUAGAAGCAGGAAUGUUUUGAUACACUGUACUGUUAACAGUCACAGAUAUGCUUUUUCUAACAUUUUAACAUUUAUGAUUACCAAUACUUUGUACAUCUUUAUUGCAAUAAAUAAAUCAAAUCAAAUCAG